AAAUCCUUAUAGUGUGAUUUGUUUUAUCAAAAACCAGUUUCAAUCAACUGACGAGAUAUCUUCUUUCCUAAUAUCAUGUAUUUAAUAUUUAAAUAUAUAUAUAUAUAUAUAACAAGAUUUGAGUUAUCAAAAUUAUGUAUAUAUUAUAACCAGAAUAUUUUUAAAAAUUUAUUAGAAGAUAUUUUAUCUCAUAGCUGAAUUAAAAUUUAUUUGAGGAUAUUAUAUCUCAUUGUUUCUCUUGAAAACUAGGUCAUUUAGAAACUUAAACUAAUUUAUUAUAUAAAUAUCGCACCACCCACAUUAGUUUCACGCAUCUAUCUUUUAAGUUUUCAUAUGUUUUUGAUCGUUAUAAUUUAAAUUCUACUUUUGUGAUCUUGCACAGGUGUAUGAUAAUCAAUAAGUAACUCAUAGACGGGAACACCAUUACUGGUAAUUUUAUGGGGGAUUCUUCUUCUCUGUUUAUUUUUGUUCUCUUCCACUUCAUGGUGUAUCUCUAUCUAUAUUUUUGCAUCAGUAGUGAUUCAACUAACAAAAAGAGACGACUCUGUUUAUCCAGGAACUGAUGAUCCCUUUCGAAAAAGGUAAUUCUUUCUUUGUAUAAAGUUAAAUCACUUAUCAAGAAUAAAAUAUAAGAUAUGUAUGCUAAUUAAGUACAAUUUAUUUAUUGUGCGUGAUCCUCUUCGGUACGUCUGAGAGCCAAAUAUAAUCUCAAAGCUUUUUAAAAACUUUGAAACUCAUUGAUGUUGUCCUAUCAAUUAUAUAAUUUGUUAUCUUUAAAUAUUUUUGUUAGAAUUACCUAUUUUCUGACUCAAAGCUUAGAGAAGAAAACCAUAAAUCAUCUAUGCUGUUACAAUGAAACCAAUGAUAAUAAAUCUCAGGUAAUUCAAAUCUCUCUUUUAUAUUUCAUGGCUGAUUUUUUUAUUGAGGUUAUGCGUGAAAUAUUUAUUUUUUCUCAAUUAUAUUUUUUUGAUGUUUUAAGAUUAGUGUUAAAUGUGAUCAUUUUCUAAACGUUCUAAUGUAUUCUUUGUUCAUAUGAACAUAGUAUAAAUAUCAAUAUGUAACAUCAAAUCUUUCAUAUUAACCAUAUACAUGUAACAUAAGUAUUAUAUAGUUGUAAAUAUAAUAUCAACUUAAUAUUAAUCUUAAUGUCCGCACAUGCGUGCAGGCGGUCCACCUAGUAUAUUUUAAAAGAAACAGAUAAUUUUCUUAAGUUUUUUUUAUCAACAAAUUAUUUCUUUCCUUUUUUUAAAAUAUGCCUAAAUAAAUUGACGAGAAGAAUUCACUGUUUCACAAAGAAUCAUUCCUUACUUUAUUCAGCAUAUUUCUUUUGAAAUUAGUCUCCCAUAAAUCUUUUGGCCAAAAAAAGUCUCCCAUAAAUCUACAUUUUAAGAUAGAUAUCUUUUCUCCAAAAGAAAGAUAUAAUUUAGAUUUGAAAUUUUCACAAAAUAUGCAUUUCCCUAAAAUACCUUUAACAAUUAUCAUACGACUAAGAUACAAUAAUAGCACAACGAAAAACAUUUUUAGUUUACCCUUGUUUUGGUGUUCAAACAAAAAAAAAAACAAAAGUUCACCCUAGUUUGUAUCGUUUCUCCUAUACUUUCUGCCUGGAGAGAUAUUAGGUCAGAAAUCACUACUAGAAGAAGAUGGUGAUGAUAACCGACCUUCCAUUUGAUCUGGAAAAGAAGAUACUCGCCCUUGUUCCGAAAGAGUCUCGACCACAAUGGCAAACUACCUGCAAGAGAUGGUACGCCCUACGCCAAGAUCUACUCGCCAAGAAACACUUGGCUCAAACAGGAAGAGAGUUCAUCUUUUUGUUGAAUAAUAGUGUUUUUUCAACAACCAUCAACCUCGAGGGAGUCCAUAACAACGUUGAUCCGGCCAUGGAGUUCGGAGGUAAACUUGGAUCUUUACAAGAUUCAAAUGAUUUACAAAUAGAUAGUAUUUUCUACUGCAAGGGGUUGGUGCUAUGCACUAUGGUGGGAAAACAAAGGCUCCUGGUUUGCAACCCUAGUAACCGUGAAACUAGGUAUGUCAAACCUAGAAGUCAUGGCUGUUCCGAAUAUGCUCUUGGAUACAAAGGCAGCAAGUCUUCUUGUGUUAAUAGCUACAAGAUCUUGAGGUAUUGUCGUUAUUUGGACACGCAAAUGAGGUGUACGGUUUCCGAGUUUGAACUGUAUGACUUUAUGUCUGACUCAUGGAGGGUGUUAGAUGUUGAUGAGCAUGAUGCGUACAUAUCAGCUCGCGGCGUGUCUGUGAAGGGAAACACUUACUGGGUUGCUAAAAGAUAUGGCAACCAGUUCAUACUCAGUUUUGAUUUCACAAGAGAGAAAUUUGGGUUUCUCCCUCUUCCGUAUGAGAGUGCUGGUCCUGGUGUUUCAGUGGAUUAUGGGCAUAAAGAUACCGCUGUUCUGUCAGUUGUUAGAGACGAACAACUCUCGGUGUUACAUCAGUAUCUUCAUUUGUUUUCAUUUGAGAUGAAGAUAUGGGUGAGCAACAUGAUUGGCACCAAAAAGGUGUCGUGGGGCAAGUUCUUGGUAGUGGACGUAGUGUUGUUAAAUGUUGUCAGUUUCGUGGUUGACGAGGAGCAUAAAGUGGCAGUGUGUUGUUGUACAGACAAGGAUGAUGGUGACGAAGAGGGUACCAGCAUUUUCGUUAUUGGAGAGAAUAUACAGAGACAUGUUUAUGAUGAAGAAGUGACAAUAGAUGCAUCAUGGCCACAUCUCAUAAAUUACGUUCCAAGCCCGGUUCACGUUGUGAGGAAGAGUACACGCAAAAGCAAAAGGAAACGAAAUGCAAGGAGGCAUCAACCGGAGGAGGGCACAUCUGCAAGAAGCGUUGAGGAAACAAAAGUGACACCCAAAGCAAAACCUAAAGCAUAUCGAAGUUUCUAGGGUUGCUUUGAAUGUCCCAAAAUGGUUUAGGAAAUGAAAGUGACACCAUACCUAAAAAGCACAUCGAAGUUCUCUUGCUGUUGCUUUGAAUGUCGCAAUGAUUUCUAUCUUUUUUUUUUUUUUUUGGACAAUCCCAAAGGUUGUAAUAAAUUGAACGCAUAUUGAAGUUUAUUAUCUUAUUUUGACUCUUAAAAUCUGAGUAAAUGCAAUGGUUUUGUAUUUCAUUUUAUUUACACUGAUACCAUCAGAUUAAUGCGAAAGAAGCACACAGACUGCCUCCAACUUGCUUAUUUGCUCUCGAGAGACGUUGAGAGCGUAGUGGAAAUGAAAAGUGUGGUCCAAGUUUCCUCUAACUUGAAGAAAAAGAAAGAUGAAGGUUCUUCCAAAGUUCACUUCUUUUUCGCUAUAUAGUCUAUUGAGGUUAUAGCCGGGGUUUAUCAAAUAAGCACAGUGUCUAUUAUUCCGUUUUCCAUAUAACUAAUAUUUGUUCUUUUUAUAGUCACUAGGAUCGUGUCCGCGCUACGCGCGGAUAUUGGGUGAAGUUCAAAUUUGUAUGACCAUAGUUGUGGCUGUUUUUGGUUGUUGUUAAAAUAGAUGUAAAGUAAUUAUAAGAAAGAAUAUAUGACAUUGAGUUUUUUAAGAUUGAUUGUUCAUUUGUUUAUGCGAAUGAAGUUGGAAGUCAAUCGAUAGAGAUGUAAAAGUAGAGAGGAGUUGAUGUUUUUGGUUGUGUAUAGUGGUUUUCUGUAGUAAUAGAAAUUAAAUUAACGUGUUGAAAAUUAAAAAUAGGUAAAAGUUCUUCGUAAUUGAGAUAUUGUUUAGCAUUAUGCUGUUUUGAAUUUGGAAAUAAUCUUUUAAAAGUGUGUUUAGGUCUUCUAUUAAUAAACUAAUUGGAAAUUUUAUGAAUUACAUUGAAAAAGGGCCCCUUGAAAAAAACUUAUGAACUAAAAAAUCAGAUAAAUUGAUCGAGAAUUUAAUACUAAGGUUUUGUUGUGUUACUUUCGUAGUAUAACAUACCAAAUCAAACGAUCUCUACGCUUGAUUUUGCACUUAAUAGUUAAGAUGUUCUGUCCGGAUUUUGGACAAAUGAUUUCUUGGAUUCCAGAGAGGGGUGAUUGGGUUCGUAUGUGUUCGAGAAGUCUAUAAACGCACAGUAAAGUCGUAAUUUUGAAUUACCUCCAGCAGGUGGAUGAUCAUUGUGGUUUGAUUUGACCAUCGUGUUGAGGAAAACGACCCUUUGACGAAAGAAAGAAUUAGGAAAUGAGUCAGCGAAAGAGAGAGAUCUUGAAAUGUGGAAAUCCAAUGAUCGAGUAACUUACACGUAAUAGUUGUCUCCGCCUUUCUUCUCGUUGCAAAUUUCUUAGUGGAAGAUGAUGUGAAUGUUAUGUGGAGCUGAGGUUGUUAACCGGUUUGUAUCAAAUAUGCAAUGUUACUGAAUUUAUUCGUAUAUUUUGUUGAUUUGUAUUGAUGAGACAAAAGAUUUUUUUGAACUUUCAGUGCAGCCGGUGAUUGUGGCAGGAGAUGUGCUACUUGCCUUUCUGAUAUUAUUGUCUAUCGAGAAGAACAUUUAGAUAUUAUAAUCUGUUGAAGAUUUUUAUAUUUAAUGUGAUACGUUUAAAAUUUGAAAGUCUUGUGUGAAUUGAAAUAAUUAGUUACAGUCAUCAAAUUGAAGCGAGAGAAAAUAAAAAGAAACAAACAAUCCGAUAAUAAGAGUUCAUAAUUUGUCUUUGUUCAUUACUCUUUGUCUCUGUUUUAAGGAGAAAAGUAACAAAACAACAUAAUAGGUUUUGAAUUGCAUAACCAAGAUUCUGGUGCAAGAACAAACCACUAUAUUUUUUUAAACAUACUUGAUUGGUGUCUUUAAUCUUUUUUUUUUUUUGAGAAAUUUAAUUUUUAAAUAAAUAUUAGGAGCUAUAUUAGUCUACAUUUUGAUCCGCGCUUCGAAAGCACGAGUUUUUUUGGUUAAUAAAAAUGUGAUACGAAUAGUAUUUUGAUUAUGAUUUAUAUUAUUAAGUUAUAUAUAAAAUAUUUUAAAAAAAAUUAUAUAAUUUGUCAAUUCUUUUAUUUGAAAUUUUGUGUGUACAUUCUUAUCUCACAACAUCAUCUUUAUAUUUUUAUGCAUUAGUCAUCUUUAUAUUUUUAUGCAUUAGAUAAGAGUUAAAAAUUUUGGCAUAUUUUAGACUAAUUUAAAAAUAUAUAUUUGCAGGGGUUACAAAAUAUAUAGAAUAUAAAUGUAGUUUCUAAAUAUAAUUAGAUUUCCUUAAGUUGGACACAAACUUUAUUAACUGAACAUGUUCCUAACUUAAUAAUAUUGACUUGAAUUAGUAAAACAAAUAGGGAUUUUUACCACUAUAGAUUUUCGAGUUCAUAUAUGUAUUAUUUAUUGUAAAGUUCAUACAUAUUUUUUUAGUAAUAGUGCUUUUAAAAAAUUUAAUCCUAUGAUUGGAUGAGAAUAUUUCAUCCUAUGUGGCACCUCUAAUUGAGCUCUAAAUUAGUUCCUUUUAUAUAGUAGGAUUGAAUGCAAUUUCUUAUAAGUUAUUUAGAAUGUAGCAUUCUAUUUUUGAAACAUUGACAUCCUACAUCUUGGUAAAAUAAAAGUCACUCAUAGUUUCGGCUAUCUUGUUGGGGAAACCUCCUGACCCUGACUGGGGAAGCACGCUCGAACACUUAACAACCCAUAGUUUCGGCUAUCUUGGCUACAUUCUAUUGAGGUUAGUGUUUCAAGCUACAAUAUAUAUGGUUUGGAGAGAAAGGAAUGAUAGAAGGCAUCUCAAGAAACCUAGACAGCAUCACCAACUGGCGAAGAUCAUUGAUAAAACUGUUCGUAAUCGGCUUUUAGCCACCAGAUAUUGGGAGAAGCAACGGUUGAGAGAUCUUAUGCAAGAGUGGUACAAAACACAUACAUAGGGUUUAGGAUUCUUGUUCAUCUUUUUAAAUCUUUAGUCCUUUGUACAUAACUAUUAUUUUUCACUGAUGAUCAAUAAAUUUAAAAUUUCAUCAAAAAAAAAAAUAAAAGUCACUCUAACACGAUUAUGAACUUCAUCAUCCCAUCAAAAUUACCAGUUAGAGGUGAAUUUUUAAUAUCAAUUCCAACAUAUUCUAUUUUUUGAAAAAAAAAACUUUUAUAAACUAUUUUUUUGUCAAUAAAUUCUUUUUUGUAAGGGCUCAAAUUUUUUAUUUUGGAUUUUUGACAGCUCGAGGAGAAUAUAAAGUUUUGAUAACUUUAGCAGGAGGUCUACUUGACUUUGAUUCUCUAUCUACUAUAUUUUGGGUAUUUAUGACAUGAUUUCACUCUUUAACAAAUUAUUAUUCCUUAGUACUUUAGGAUAUUCCUUUUGAAAAUAUAGUCCCAUAAAUCUACAUUUCAAGAAAGAUAUAUCUCCAAAAAAAAUAUAUCUUAUCAAUAUGCAUUUCCCUAAAACACCUUUAACAAUUAUCACACAAACAAGAUACAAAUAUACAAUAAAAGCCCAAUGAAAAUCAGUUUUAGUCUACUGGAAAAAUGAUCAUUUAAUCCCUCAAGUAUUUGAAAUUAACAGUCUAAGUCCUCAACUCUUGGUAUGCAAUUUAAAUCCUAAUGUUGGUGUUGACUUCAAAAACUUUUUUUUAUCGCCAAAAACAUAUUCUCUAAAUCAAAACCCAGAGGUUAGAGCUUGCUUUAAAGAAGCUAAACUUCAAAAAUGAAUCUUCUUUAGAGUCUUAACGCCGGCGGAGACUUUAUUUUAGGAAAAUAAAAUUCUGAAUUUUGAUAUGAAGAAGAUGCUGCUUUUGGGAUUUAGAACUCUGGGUUUUGAUUUGGGGAAGCAGAUGAUAAGAAACAAAAUAGAAGGAGAUUAGCUGUUUAAUUUAACGUGUUUUUGGUAUUGUCUAACGUUUACUUUUUUCAAGACUAAUGUUGUGAAGUCAACGCAAAUAUUGGGAUUUAAACUGUUAAUUUCAAAUACUUGAGGAAUUAAAUGAUCAUUUUCCCUUAGUCUACUCUAGUUUUGGUGUUCAAAAAAAGUUUACAAAUCGUUAGUCCUAUAUGCUUUCUGCCUAGAGAGAUAUUAGGUUAGAAAUCACUACUAGAAGAUGUUGAUGGUAUCUGACCUUCCAUUUGAUCUGGAAAAGAAGAUACUGGCAUGCUGUGUUCCGAAAAAGUCUCCAGCACAAUGGCCAACUACUUGUAAAAGAUGGUACACUUUACUCCCAGAGCUACUUUCCGAGAAACACUUGGCUCAAGCAGGACGAGACACGAGAGUUCACCUUAUUUUUGAAUGAUAGUGUUUAUUCAACAGUCAUCAAUCUCCAGGAAGUCCAUAACAAUGUUGAUCCAAAAAAAACACGAAAAGAAAAUUUAGAGAAACUUUUCUCUCUCGGUUCUCUCCCCCUCGACCUCUUCUCUCGGCUUCUCUCGUAACUUCCGUCACGGUGGCCGGCGGUGCUUUCUCAACCGUCGGUCGCCACCCCAGCUAGCGUUCCGUUCUCCACCUCCUCUCCUGACGGCUCUAAACAGAAGUUGAGUUGUUCUUGUCUUCUCUGGAGGAUUAGCGAAGAUGUAGUUCGGUCCCUUGCCUGCAGGAAGCAUCGAUUUGAGGUAGGCUUCUCCGGACAGCAGAGAGUCGCUGCCUCUGCCUCUCUGGUUUGUCGCCACCUCCUCUUGUCUCCUCCUCUCCCUCUGUCGAUUGCUCAGCCAGAGAUGAGGCUCUCGUCGGGGACUUCUUUUCCUUAUGAUUCCUUAGCUCAUGAUCUUGAUGGCUAUACUUGUCGUUUGUGUUGUUGGAGCUUCGGUUCCUCUGUUCUUCAUAUUUCUGGAAGGAAUCCGUCCGUCGAUGUUCCAGCCUCGUCCUUGUUCUGAAGCUAGAAUCUUUUCAGUUGAUGCUUGUGUGAAGGGACCGGAGUAGAGAGCCAUGAACCUCUGCUUGUUUCCGCUUGCGUCGCUCCGCACUUAUCCGCUAGCUUCUCUUCUUUGGAUUAGGGUCUCCUGGAACCGCCGGAUUUGGCUUCUGGAGCUGUUUCAGCGUCUGGAGUAGACUUCAUCGGUGCUAGCCGGACCAGGACCUAGUCAACCCUGCUUUGCCAUCGCACCGUUUCGAAGUCGCCUUCGGGAUGAGCCUCGGUUCCUAGGCUCAUUCUCCGGCUGAUUGCUCUAAUGUUCGUGGCUCUUUGUGCAGGUUCCGACAUCGAGAUUCAGCCUUGAACUACUGGAUUGAAAUUUGAGUCUUGGUUUCAUGUUUUAGCUAAGCUUUAAUCACUUCUUAGGAGAUGAUUAAACCUUAUUUCUCUGUGAAAGUCUUUUUUAUCUUUUUUUUUGGGCUUUCUAAGAGCCUUGCUUUAAGUAGCUAAUCCUAGAUGCAUAAGGUUUGAUCUUCAAGCUCUAAAUGUAUCUCCUGUAUCAUUAUUUGGUAAUGAAAUUCACAUACUUAUCAAAAAAAAAAAAAAAAAUGUUGAUCUAGUGAUGGAGUUUGGAGGUACACUUGAAUCUUUAAAAGAUUCAAAUUAUUUACGAAUACAUGAUAUCUUUUACUGCCAGGGUUUGUUAUUAUGCACUGUGGUGGGGGGGAGUUCUUUAGUGAACUUGGGUGAUUUUAUGUUAGGAAAGGUGAUAACUGUUGUAAGCUUCGUGUUGGAUGAGGAGAAUAAAGUGGCAGUGUGUUGUAGUACAGGCAAGGAUGUUUUUAAAGAACAGUGUACCAGCAUUUCCAUCAUUGGAGAGAAUGUACAUAAACAUGUCUAUGGUCAAAGGAUUAGAGAUGGUUUAUGGCCACAACUACUGAACUACGUUCCAAGCCCAGUUCACAUUUCAAAGAAGAGUACUCCCAAAGGCAAAAGAAAAAGAAAAACAAGGCAGUUAGUCAAAUAUAUUAACCAAGUUUCUUUCUACUCAAAUACUUUAGAUUUAGAUUGGAUGCAUAUAGAAAAUAGUAGUUACUAAGAAACUAAACAUCAGCAAUUUAUUUGCUUCAUAGACUUAUAUCUGCAAGAAGCGUUAAGGAAACGAAAGUGACACCGAUAGCCAAAAGAGUUUAGGAAACGAGAGUGAAACCAUACCUAAAGCAUAUCGAAGUACUCCUGCUGUUGCCUUGAAUGUCCUAAUGAUCAUUUCUAUCUUUUCUUCUUUUUUUGGACUAUCCCAAAGGUUGUAAUAAAUUGAACGCAUACUGAAGUUUAUUAUCUUAUCUUGACUCUUAAAAUCAGAGCAAAUGCAAUGGUUUUGUAUCUCAUUUUAGCUUUUGAGGAUCUAUAUUGGUUUUAUAAAUCGGUUAUGUACUAUAUUAGUAUCGAAUUUACAUCAGAUUAGUGCAAAUGAAACACACACUAACUGUAGUUGAACUUGCUUCUGCUGGAGAAAACGGGCACAAGGCGCAACGGAAUGUAACGGCAUGAUCGUGUUCUCCUAAACUUGUGUGAACCUGUGAAGAAAAUACUUUGACGAUAGCAUGAUAUAGUAUAAGCAGAAACUAAAUGAGAGAAUCACUUUUUAACGUUGGAGAACCUGUGUGAACCUGUGAAGAAAAUACUUUGACGAUAGCAUGAUAUAGUAUAAGCAGAAACUAAAUGAGACAAUCACUUUUUAACGUUGGAGAACCUCCUCGAUAUGAGUAGGAAAAACCAACGAGACCAUAGUACACUCAAAAAUCAGAUAUAUAAAUGGGUAUGAGUACAACCACGUCCUCCCUGUUAAACACCCUGAACAAAACAGAGACUCUGGCUAUAAAGAGCUAUCUCCAACACAAGAACAAUAACAACAAGAGAUCAACACCAAAAGCUUCAAAACAGGCAUCCACAAGACGACCUCAGUUCACUAGGAUUCCGGCAACCAGAGACUAAUCCCACCGUACAAAUCCAAGAUGAACAAGUCAAGAACACAUCUGCCACAUUUCAGCUCAAUCAGAGAAGAUCCAACCAUCGGAUUUGCCAAACACUCAAGACAACACUUCUGAAGAACAGUGACGACCAGCUUCACUAAAACCCAGACAACAGAAUAUCUAACCUUUGAAUUCCAAAUCUCUUCGGUGAACCUUUAACCACUGACCAAAGAAGCUUCCCAAAAAAUAUCAGCCCAAAAAAGAUCUGUUUGACCCUCCAAAUCUGCCUUGACAAACCCACACGAAAUAUGUCUUCUUCUCUCCUUUUCUCCCUUUUGUCUAAUGAGUCUUCUUAAGCAUUCUACUUUCUUGUGUCAACUCUCUAUAACCACAUAAAUUUGGUUAUAUAGUAUCUCACUAACCCCCAAGGCCUAAUACUAAUCUCAUGGACUAAUACCAAUGGCUCAACUUCCAAGUUUGGUUAUCACCAACCAAACCCAAUGGGUUUCCUCCAUCUAGAAGGAACCCAACAAACUUUCCCUCCGACUAGGUGGAGGAAACAGCCAUUCCGCCUAUCCUUCGGCAUACUUCAAGCUUCCCUUUCGGCAAAGACUUUGUCAUCAUAUCAGCUCCAUUAUCAUUCAUAUGAACUUUCUCAAUUUCCACUUCCUUAGAAGCAACCACAUCUCGUAUCCAAUGAUACCUCCUCUGAAUGUGUUUUGAUUUCGAAUGAAAUGUAGAGUUCUUCCAGAGACAGAUGGUGCAUUGACUAUCACACAUCAGCACAUACUUUUCUUGCUUGAAACCGAUCUCUUCACAGAAGUUCUUCAUCCACAGCAACUCUUUACAAGCUUCCGUUGCAGCAAUGAACUCUGCCUCAGUGGUAGAUAGUGCAACAUACACUUUUGCUGCCUUGACUGCCAUGGCACAGCUCCACCCGAAAAUGUUACAAGAAACCCGAAGUAGACUUGUUAGAAUCAACAUCUCAAGACAUGUCAGAAUCAGUGAAACUGACCAGCAAAGCUUUCUUACCCCCAAAUAUAAUCUUCAGAUCAGAAGUCCCUCGGAGAUAUCUCAAAAUCCACUUCACAUCAUUCCAAUGUUCUCUUCCCGGAUUGAAGAGAAACCUGCUGACAACUUCAACUAUGUAAGCUGAAUCUGGUCUUGUACAGACCAUGACAUACAUCAAACUACCUACUGCAGAAACAUAUUGAACCUUCGCCAUAUCUUCUUUCUCCGCAUAUGUCUUUGGACUUUGUUGACUGCUCAGCCUUAAGUGUGGAGCAAGAGGAGUACUCAACACUUUAGACUUGUCCAUGUUAAGCCGCUUAAGUACUUUUUCAAUGUACUUCUCAUGAGAUAAGUGAAUCAGCUUCUCACCUCUAUCUCGAACAAUUCUCAUACCGAGAAUCUGUUUCGCUGGACCCAUAUCUUUCAUGGCAAAGGACUCACUGAGCUGCUCUUUCAGCUCCUUAAUUAUAUCCAUGUUCCUGCCUACAAUCAACAUAUCAUCGAUAUACAACAACAAGAUGAUAAAAUCAUCAUCACCAAACACCUUCGCAAAUACACAAUGGUCUGAAUUAGUCUCAGCAUAACCAUGCUCCCCCAUAAUAGACUUGAACUUCAUGUAGCACUGCCUCGGUGCUUGCUUCAAUCCAUAAAGGUUUUUUUUUCAAUAGGCAAACUAAAUUUUCCUUGCCCUUCUUCACAUAACCUUCCGGUUGUUCUAUGUAAAUCUCUUCCUCCACAUCACCAUGAAGGAAAACAGUCUUCACAUCCAUUUGCUCAACCUCUAAAUCAAAGCUCGCUGCCAAUCCAAGCACAAUCCGAAUGGAUGACAUCUUCACAACACGAGAAUUAAUUUUUUUAAAAGUUUAUAAGAUUUUUUUACAAAAGCUGUCAUAUCAUCGUUGACAAAUAUGGCUGUCAAAAACAUCAUUAUCGACAUAUAUGCCGUCAUUUUCAACCAUGAUGUUGGAAACUAUCAUUAGAGAUUUGUCAAAAUGCAGUCAUUGUUAACGGUUAUGUGAAUGGGUGGGCGUUUAAGUAUCCGUUCGGAUUCGCUUCGAAUCUACUGAGGUUUUGGGUUUUUGGGGUUAGAGAUUAAGACCUAUUUGGAUAUUUUAAAAUUUUGGUACGGGUUCGGUUUUGAUCUUUCCAGGUUUGUUUCGGGUUCGGAUACCCCAUUUAAACUAUUUAUUUUCUAAAUCCAAAUAUAUUUUUAAAUUCAAAAAAUUAAUAAAUAAAAUAAUAUAUAAAUUUGAAUAAUGUAUGUCAAACUACCUAAAAUUAACAUAAAAUUGGUUUGUUUGGAUAUUUUGAUGAAGAAUGAUUAGGUAAUUUGAGUUUUUGGUGUUUUCAGUGAUAUUAGCUGUCCACAUAUUAAACUAAUUUCGGUUUGGGUUUGGUACUAUUUUUUGGUUUGGAUUCGGUUUUCUUCUUUGGAUUCAGGUAUUUUAUUCAUCCCUACUUAUGUGAGAAACCAUCAUCAUCGGUUUGAAACCAUAAUUUUCAAUGCUAGUAUGUUUAAAAAUUUGGAUGCAACUUUGGUUAAUGUAAGAAACAAGACCUUAAUAUGUAUUUUAAGUGAAUAAUAAAUGAUUUUUUCCACAAUUAUAUGUAUAUUAUUUGAUUUUGAGCCAUGUGCUGAACCAGUAUAAAUAAUUUUGAAUAAAAUUAGAGAAGUAAACUAGAAAUAUAGGCUCAAGUAUUCAUAUGUUCGGUUAUUUUAGAAUAUUCAUUCAAGUUUGGUUAUUUUAGAAUAUGUUCGAGUUCGGAUAUCCAAUCUUGCUAAUUCAAUACCCGUUCGGGUAUUUUACUACUUCGGUUCGGAUUUUGGUUCCGGUUUUUCAGGUCGGGUUCGGAUACGAUAUCAUGAAAAGAAACCUAGUUAAAUCCCCUUGUGUUACCAACGGUUCAUUCAGUCCCAUUCCCGCCUACAUCCAAAAUAUCAACCAUUAAACUUAUCUCGCCUCCCAUUCUCAUCUCUUUGUUGAAUGAAAAAAAAAUCAUUUUAAAAGAAACAAAUAAUUUUUAAAAAAUAUUCUUUUAUCAACAAACCAUUUGUAAAAAAAAUAUUUCUUUCCUUUUCUAAAUAUGCCUAAAUAUUGGUGAGAAGAAUUCACUGUUUCACAAAUAAUCAUUCCUUACUUUAUUCAGCAUAUUUCUUUUGAAAUUAGUCUCCCAUAAAUCUAUAUUUUAAGAUAGAUAUCUUUUCUCCAAAAGAAAGAUAUAAUUUAGAUUUGAAAUUUCCACAAAAUAUGCAUUUCCCUAAAAUACCUUUAACAAUUAUCAUACGACUAAGAUACAAUAGAAGCCCAUGAAAAACAGUUUUUAGUUACCCUUGUUUUGGUGUUCAAACAAAAAAAAAAAAAAGUUCACCUAGUUUAUAUCCUUUCUCCUAUAUACUUUCUGCCUGGCGAGAUAUUAGGUCAGAAAUCACUACUAGAAGAAGAUGGUGAUGAUAACCGACCUUCCAUUUGAUCUGGAAAAGAAGAUACUCGCCCGUGUUCCGAAAGUGUCUCGACCACAAUGGCAAACUACUUGCAAGAGAUGGUACGCUGUACGCCAAGAUCUACUCUCCAAGAAACACUUGGCUCGAACAGGAAGAGAGUUCAUCUUAUUGUUGAAUACUAAUGUUUUUUCAACAACCAUCAACCUCCAGGGAGUCCAUAACAGCGUUGAUCCGGUGAUGGAGUUCGGAGGCAAACUUGGAUCUUUACAAGAUUCUGAUGAUUUACAAAUCCAUGAUAUUUUCUACUGCAAGGGGUUGGUGCUAUGCACUAUGGUGGGAAAACAAAUGCUCGUGGUUUGCAACCCUAGUAACCGUGAAACUAGGUAUGUCGAACCUAGAACAAGUCAUGGCUGUUCCGAAUAUGCUCUUGGAUACAAAGGCAGCAAGUCUUCAUGUGUUAGUAGCUACAAGAUCUUGAGGUAUUGUCGUUAUUCCGACAAGCAACUGAAGCGUACGGUUUCCGAGUUUGAACUGUAUGACUUUAUGUCUGACUCAUGGAGGGUUUUAGAUAUUGAUGAGCACGAUUGGGAAAUAACGGCUCGUGGCGUCUCUGUGAAAGGAAACACUUACUGGGUUGCUAAAAAGAAGAAGGACCAGUUCAUACUCAGUUUUGAUUUCAGUAGAGAGAGAUUUGGGCUUCUCCCUCUUCCGUAUGAGAGUGUUGGCCCUGAAGAUUUCAUUAAUAAUAAGUAUGACGAUACAGCUGUUCUGUCAGUUGUUAGAGACGAACAACUCUCGGUGUUACAUCAAUAUCUUCAUGUGUAUUCAUCAGAGAUGAAGAUAUGGGUAAGCAAUACAAUUGACACCAAAAAGGUGUCGUGGAGUGAGUUCUUGGUAGUGGACGUAGUGCUGUUAAAUAUUGUUAGUUUCGUCUUGGAAGAGGAGCAUAAAGUGGCAGUGUGUUGUAGUAAAGGCAAGGAUGAUCCUGAUGAUGAGGAUGAUCCUAACGAUGAGGAUGAUCCUGAUGAUGAGGAUGAUCCUGAUAAUGAGGAUGAUCCUGAUGAUGAGGAUAAUCCUGAUGAUCCUGAUAAUGAGGAUGAUCCUGAUGAUGAGGAUGAUCCUGAUGAUGAGGAUGAUCCUGAUGAUGAUGGUAAAGAAGAGCGCACCAGCAUUUCAAUUAUUGGAAAGAAUAUACAAAGUCUUGUUUAUGAUGAAGGGGCUAUAGAUGGAUCAUGGCCUCAUCUCAUGAAUUACGUUCCAAACCCGGUUCAAAUUUUAAGGAAGGGUACGCGCAAAAGCAAAAGGAAACGAACUACAAGGAGUUAUGAACCGGAGGGCAGUUCGGCAAGAAGCGUUGAGGAAACGAAAGUGACACCAAUAGACAAAGCUAAACGAGUUUUUAGGGUUGCUUUGAAUGUCCCAAAAGAGUUUAGGAAACGAGAGUGAAACCAUACCUAAAGCAUAUCGAAGUA